CCCGGCUCGGAGCCCCGGACUCGCGCCCGCCUGCGCGCCCGCCCGCUCCCUUCCCCUCCCCCCGCCCCGAGCCCCCCGACGCCGCCGCCGCCUCCUUCGAGCGGGGCCCAGGCCCAGCCGCUGCCACCGCUGCCGCCGCCGAGCUCCGCCGCCGCCGCCGCCGAGCACCAUGGGAGACGCCGGGAGCGAGCGCAGCAAAGCGCCCAGUCUGCCGCCUCGCUGUCCCUGCGGCUUCUGGGGGUCCAGCAAGACUAUGAACCUCUGUUCCAAAUGCUUUGCUGAUUUUCAAAAGAAACAACCAGACGAUGAUUCCACUCCAAGUACAAGUAACAGCCAAUCAGAUUUGUUUUCCGAAGAGACCACCAGUGACAACAACAAUACCUCGAUAACCACGCCAACUCUUAGUCCUAGCCAGCAGCCGCUUCCGACAGAGCUGAAUGUAACUUCACCAAGUAAAGAGGAGUGUGGGCCAUGCACAGACACAGCUCAUGUCUCGUUAAUCACACCAACCAAAAGAUCCUGUGGUGCAGAUUCACAGUCUGAGAAUGAGGCUUCGCCAGUGAAACGGCCACGACUACUGGAGAACACGGAACGAUCCGAGGAGACCAGCCGGUCUAAACAGAAAAGUCGACGUCGGUGCUUCCAGUGCCAAACCAAACUGGAGCUGGUGCAGCAGGAACUGGGAUCUUGCCGCUGCGGUUACGUGUUCUGUAUGUUGCAUCGCCUCCCUGAGCAGCAUGACUGCACGUUUGACCACAUGGGCCGUGGCAGAGAGGAAGCCAUCCUGAAAAUGGUGAAACUGGACCGGAAAGUGGGGCGCUCUUGCCAGCGCAUCGGGGAGGGGUGCUCCUGAAGGCCGGCUCGGCCACCACGUGACGCUGUUCUUAGUUCACUAAUGUUAGCCUUAUUUAGGACAAAGUCAGCCAGACACCUUGUACUGGGCACGCGUCAGACUACAGCCAGUCCGUUUCCUUUCCUUAGCCAGCCAUCCUGGUACUGUAGUUUAGGGGUUGAUGGUGGUUGAAAUUGAUUUCUGGCUGGUUACUAAGGUGCCUGCUAGCCAUUGUAUAAAAUUAAAACAUGAAGAAUAUUUUUUUUGAGCAUGGCUAGUGGAUUUAAAACCACACAUACCUGUCACUGCUGGAGUCAAACUUAAAAAAGCCUUAAGUGGAAAGCGUUCCAGAUGGAGACUCUGAGUCACUAGAGGAGAAGCUGGUGUUCAAGUCCCCACGACGCACGUGGCUUUGCCGGAAGCUCUGGUUAGCGUCUGGCCUUCACCUCUCCACUGUCCUUAGUCCCGGUAGCCAGGCCCCCUGACGGCCAGACGUGCCUGGGCCGCAGGCAGCUGCUGAGAUCGGCCCGUGGCUGGGCUGGGGGUGGCCUCGCUCUCCCACUGAGCAGGAAACGGGGGUGGGGGCAGGUUCUUAAAUUUUUUUACCUGAACUAAUAUGAAAAAACUCAUCACACGAGACGAGAAACAAUAACCUCACUUUGAAAAUUAGCUCCACUCAAGACUAGCCCACGAACAAGAACCACCUUUUCUACACAGGCCCCCCCGGUCACAAGAAGCGACCGGGCGCCCUGACCCCACAGCUGUGGCCUGCCGUCCGCCGAGUGCCGGGGUCCGGCCCUGAUCGAAUCCGGCUGACUGCAGCACGGCAGCUGUGCCGACAGACUGGCCUGUGCAGCUGGGUUUUUAAAGAUGUUUCUUAGCCACGGGGACUGAUAGCUGUGCUGGGAGCUGCCCGCAGCCCCGUCCCGUGCACCAGGAUCAUCCUCACCCCUCAGGUCCGUGCGGCCCCGCGGUCCACAGGCCGCCAGCCCGCUCUGCCACGCGGAGGCUCGUUCGAGGGGGCAGCGCCCGUCGCCGGGACAGAGGUGGGUCUGUCUAGAGCGUGGUUCGUGGGCGGGCGGGGAGGGCGUGUGGCUCAGCGCGCGCCUCUCCGGAGGGCAGAGGGGCGGAGUGGAGGCGGUAGCUCAGGCCAGGUGGGGACGGCCUGUUUGGCCCCUGUUAGGAAGUCCUCACCAGUCCAGUGGGUGGGGGGUAGGAGGGAAGAGGGGCCCUUGAGAGCCUGAGCAGGGGUCUGGAUGCCCCAAGCCACAUCCGACCUAGGCCGUUUGGAGCUGCCCACGCACAGGCUACGGGAGAGUUGAACCCAGCAACUUAACCCUUUCCUGCCACAACAAAUGGUCACUCAGCUCUGUCCACAAAUAAACAGUAAAUACCUGCAACUACAGAUGUUUUUGGUCCAAAAAACUGAAAUAAGAGAUCAUGCUCUUCCCCCCGCCCCCAACGCACCCCCUUCCAACCAGAGUGGAAUCCGCUGCAAAAUCUCCAGCCUUAAUUCUUGCUUCAGGACCCAGACUGAGGUCUUGCUCUCGGGCAGCCAAGGGCUGAGAGGCCAGGCCUGCCCGCGUUUACCACUGUUGUCAAGCCACGGCCCUCUGGCCAGUACCUGGCCAUCCUCAGCGAUGUGGCCCGCCUCGGCGCCCCGCCAAGCUCCGAUCACGAAGCGGCCACCAGGCGCCCUCCGGGUCCUGCUGCUGCUGCAGCCCCGGGCCGCGGGCUCUGGGGAGCCGGCCGCACACAGGGCUCUCGGCCCCUGGUCGCUUCCUGAUGGCAGAGUGGGGGGUGGGGAGGGCUUGUUCCCCUGCAGUAUCUGUUCUGUGAAGUUUGUUAAAUGUAAGGAAAGCUUAAAUUCUUGUAUCUUUAAAAGAGAAAAUCUUAUUUAACCCUUUUGUGUUCUAGAUUUACUUACACACAUAGCCUAGAGCCCAGUUUUAGUUUUAACAUUGUGAAAAUAUUAAAAGAAUCUUGUAACUUUAUUCUUUUUUCUCCUGCUGAAAAAAAAAAAUUAAACCAAUCGUAUGACA